UUUUUUUUCUCUCUCUCUCUCUUUCUUUCUUUCUCCUCUUUAUCAUUCUUUAAAAACAACAUACAAUGCCUGUCAAGCAAAUCAUUACCUCCCCACAUUUCGGUCUCAUUACUCCUGAAAAGCUCAUUCGAGUUGCUCCUUCUCUUGCUUUAUGGGGUGCUGGUGCUGGUACCGCUCUUGCUCUUUUGGGUUCUGAUAUUCCUUUGGUCAAGAAGGAUGUUUUGUCCAAGAUCCCUGUUGUUGGUAACUACUGGGCUGUUGCUGAAGAAGAACAAUAAAAAGUAAGUGAAUAUAUAAAGAACAAAAAAAAGGUCCAGAACAACAAAAAAAAAAGAUGAGUGAAAGGGAUAAGGAGGUACGAUACGGCAAAAAAUAAAUAAAUAUGGAACUUUGGUUAGUUGUUCUAGACAGAGGAAGUGAUAAAAAGAUAUAAUAUCAGGAGACAAAUAUAUAUAUAUAAGAUUGUAUCUAAUUUGUUUUGUUUUAUCUUUUUAUAGUCAUCAUCAUCUAGUUUAGACAUUUUUUUAUCAAAUAAUAAACAGCGUGUUGUCAUUAUGGAUUAUAGUUUAUAUUGAUUGUUUUUUAUAUAUUUGAUUUAUUGGACUAUUAUUAAUAAAAGAUAUAUCCAAAGGUUUGGUAGAUUUUGAUGAUGAUCAUGAUGAUGAUAAAUAGGAUGAUCUGAAUAAUGAUUUCCUAUGAUGAUAUACGUUUUCAAUGGCUGUGUAUAGAUCAA